AUGUCAGACGAUGAAAAGAGGAGACACUCCGCCUCCAAAGGCAGCGCCGUCGCAGGCGACCAUGCCAGCAUUCAGUAUGGCAUCGACGAUAGCAUGGGCCAUCUCCACAGACGACUCAACAACCGUCAGAUCCAGCUUAUCGCCGCUGGUGGCUCCAUCGGAACAGCCCUCUUCAUCUCCAUCGGUGGAGGUCUCGCCAAAGGUGGCCCAGGCAGUCUCCUUAUCGCCUACAGCCUCUACUCUAUUGUCCUUGCCCUCGUCAACAACUCCAUCGCCGAGAUGAAUACAUACAUGCCCGUCGCUGGUGGAUUCGUUCGCCUGGCUGGCUACUGGGUUGACGAUGCCCUUGGUUUCCUCGCUGGUUGGAACUUCUUCCUUUACGAGGCUCUUAUUAUUCCAUUCGAGAUUACUGCCCUGACUUCAGUUAUUUCCUUCUGGAACGCUGACGCUCUCAACCCUGGCCCAACCGCUGGUAUCUGCGCUGCAGUCAUCAUCUGCUACGGUCUCCUCAACGUCCUUGCCGUCCGCUUCUAUGGUGAAUCCGAGUUUUGGCUCUCAGGUGGAAAGCUCGUGCUCAUCUUCCUCCUCUUUGCCUUUACUUUCGUCACUAUGUGCGGUGGUAACCCCCAACACGAUGCCUACGGCUUCCGACACUUUUCUAAUCCCGGCUCCUUCGCUACAUACCUCAGCCAAGGUGACAAGGGCCGUUUUGAAGGCUUCCUCGCCGCUCUCUUCAGCGCCUCAUUCACUGUUGUAGGCCCCGAGUAUAUCUCCAUGGUCUCUGCCGAGGCCCAGCGCCCUACUUUUACCAUCAAGAACGCCUUCAAGACUGUCUACUACCGAUUCUGCAUCUUCUUCGUCGUCGGUGCUUUGGCUGUUGGUAUCUGCUGUGCUUACAACGACCCUCUUCUCGUUGACAUUUACUUCGGCGCUGGUGGCACUGGCAACGCUGCUUCUUCUCCCUAUGUGGCCAAUGGCUCUGCCAAGGUCCUUGGAUGGUUGAUCAGCAUUGUCACUGGUGGCGGUCUCAUCACCUUUAUGGUUAUGAACAUUACCUUUAUCAACUACCACCGCGCUUGUGUUGCCCAGGGCGUCGACCGAAAGACCGAGCGUCCCUACUACGGCUACUUCCAGCCUUACGGUGCCUACAUCGCUCUGGUCAUCCAGUUCGUUAUCGUCCUCACCUACGGAUACUACGCUUUCCGACCCAAGUUUGACGUCGAGGUCUUCUUUCAGAACUAUUCCAUGCAGAUCCUUGCAGUCCUUCUCUUCACCUUUUGGAAGGUCUUCAAUAAGACCAAGUACAUCCAACCCCACGAGGUUGACCUGGUCUGGGAGCGACCCCAGAUUGAGGCUUAUGAGGCUACCUUUACCGAGCCUCCUGUUGGAUUCUGGACUGAGAUGGGCCAAUUGUGCAUGCCUUGCUUCUUUAAGAAGACAAAGAGAUCCUCACAGGUUUAG